ACAAAAUGUGCAUCGCCGCCGCCACCAUAUAGAACCACUUAUCAUGAACCGCCGCCAUCACAUCCACUGCCUCAACUAGUGUUACCACCUAUGGUUCAUUGUUGUGUCUGCUUCUUGUAGCACUGUUGGUCUACAAACAUUCAUAUUUCUCUCAACAUCUGGCACAGCAUGCCGCCUUCCAAAGCACGCCGAAAGAGGUCACUUCGUGAUAUCACUGCCACCGUUGCCACUGGGACUGUUGCCAACUCGAAACCUGGCUCAUCAUCGACGAACGAGGGGAAGCAACAGGACAAGAAAAAGGAGGGUCCACAGGAACCGGACAUCCCACCAUUACCGCCGGUGGUGGUGAAUAUAGUCCCACGACAAGGAUUAGGAUGUGAAGUAGUGGAAGGGCUACUCGUGCCUAGUCGGAAGCGAGAGUACAAGCCCAAUAGCAAGUAUACUGUGGGAAAUCACCCGAUCUAUGCCAUCGGGUUCAAUUUCAUUGACAUGCGCUACUAUGAUGUCUUUGCCAUCGCCAGUUGCAAUAGUGUGAUAAUUUACCGAUGCCUUGAGAAUGGUGGUUUUGGUCUUCUACAAAAUUAUGUUGAUGAGGAUAAGGAUGAGUCAUUCUACACUCUAAGCUGGACCAUCGAUCAAGUUGAUAGCUCACCGCUGUUGGUGGCCGCAGGAAGCAAUCGGAUCAUUCGGGUCAUCAAUUGUGCUACCGAAAAGUUAGAUAAGAGCUUAGUUGGCCAUGGUGGUUCAAUACAUGAGAUAAGGACUCAUGCCUCGAAGCCAUCACUCAUCAUUUCUGCCAGCAAGGAUGAAUCUAUUAGGCUAUGGAAUGUCCAUACUGGGAUUUGCAUCUUAGUCUUUGCAGGGGCUGGAGGCCAUCGACAUGAUGUGUUGAGUGUUGACUUCCACCCUACCGAGGUUGGGAUUUUUGCAAGUUGUGGCAUGGACAAUACUGUGAAAAUUUGGUCAAUGAAAGAAUUUUGGAUAUAUGUUGAAAAAUCAUAUUCAUGGACUGGCCAUCCAUCAAAGUUUCCAACGAGGAAUAUCCAGUUUCCGGUCUUGACUGCUGCAGUACACUCUGACUAUGUUGAUUGUACAAGAUGGCUUGGUGACUUCAUCCUAUCAAAGAGUGUAAAGAAUGCAGUUUUGCUUUGGGAACCAAAACCAGACAAGCGUAGGCCUGGGGAGGGGAGUGUUGAUGUUCUUCAGAAGUACCCGGUGCCAAAGUGUUCAUUAUGGUUUAUGAAAUUUUCAUGUGAUUUUUACUCCAACCAGAUGGCAAUAGGCAACAAUAAAGGCGAGAUCUAUGUCUGGGAAGUGCAGUCCAGCCCGCCCGUCUUAAUUGACCGGCUGUGCAACCAGGAAUGCAAGUCGCCGAUAAGGCAGACCGCAGUGUCAUUCGACGGAAGCACGAUCCUUGGAGCCGCCGACGACGGCGCGAUCUGGCGGUGGGACGAAGUGGACCCUGCUGCUUCCAGCUCCAAACCUGAUCAAGCUGCUGCGCCCGCCGCCGGUGUCGGUGCCGGUGCCGGUGCCGACGCCGACGCCGACGCCUGAGCGAGAGGACCGUCGCCGCCCGCCGGUUCACAUCGAUCGUACUCCGUGCUGGUUGAUUAGCUUUACCCAUUGGUAUGUUUUGGUUCAGAGUCGCCAGAUCUAGUGUGUGGCUGAACGUUGAAUGUUAGGAUGCUGCUGUUUGUUAUGCUCUGAGUCUUGAGUUCACUUUGUUAAUUUGCACCGUGGAUGAGAUGAAUAACUUGACGUUGCAA